GAUUAACAAUCAGAACGGUGAAGCUAAGAAUGGGAUGAAUAAACAGGAUACUACUUAUGGAUACGAGACUUCAUACUCAUCGUAUUAUCCAAGCUCCAAUUCUCCAUCAACAGCAAAUCAACCUCUUCCAGGACAACCACCAUUACCUCCAAUGCCACCACCACCAGGAGCUCUGCCACCUUUACCUCAUGUAUUUUCUCCUAUGCCACAAGUUACCCAAAUUCAAUCCUGGGCACCGGCACCUGCUUGGCAAUGGAUAACACCCCAAGCGACAGCGCUGGCUGCCCAAACUUCACGUGAUAUCACAAAUUCGACGAGAGGAAAUUAUACAAGACGAGACAGAUUUACGCAUAAUCGCAACAAUGUUUAUCCUCCUAGAGGAAAUUUUCAUCGAAAAAACCGCAGACCUAGAUUUGAUCAAACUCCGACUCCAUUUGAUCCUACAACAGCUUACUUUGGCCAGUCCUUAGCAGCUGGCAAUAUCAGUAUUGAUUGGCAACGAGGAUUUGCUGCUGCUCACAAUGAUGCUCAAAAUCUUGUUAAUCAUAUGGCUAUGUCUAUGUCCAACCAAUCGUCUGGAGUCAAUGAUAGACAAGAUGGUGAUCAAGACGUUAAAAUAGUUUCCGAACUACCAGUUAAAAAAGGUAAACAGAGAAAACCCAUGUCACAAAAUUAUCCAAGUAGACCCUGGAAUCGUGAAGACGCGCAAAGUGCACUAAAAGUCGAAAAUGAAUAUAACAAAACAGUUCGUGCACAGAGCUUAAUUAUUAAAUUUCCAGAUCCUGAUUUAAAUAAAGAUAUUGUCCGUGAAUUCCAUACAGGUAUACAAAAUAUACACUUUCAAAGUCCUAGCGGACCACGUUAUUGUUUUAUUCAAAUGGCUGAAAAUGUUAAUAUUGACGAAGCAAUAAAGGAAUUAGAAAAAAUUCCAUUUGGUGUUGGACAUCUUAAAGUUGAAAGGAAAUCUCUCAGAGAUGAAGAUUUUCCUAUGCCAGAAGAGAUUGAUCCUUAUACAUUAUACGUAGGUAAUUUACCGGAGUCAGUAAAUGUUAACGAAGUUAAAAGUAAAUUUCCAACAGCUACAAGAGUUGAUGUUGGUUAUGCUCAAAAAAUGAGAAAUACUAGGUAUGCCUUUAUUCGCUACACGUCUGUUGAAGAAUCUAUAGCAGCCUAUAAACAAGCUCACGAUUUAAUGUGGGACACAAGAAGUAUUAUUGUAAGAUUUAGGCGACAGCGGGGUAAUACUUGUCUACCUGGUGAACCAAAAAGUAAUACCAAGAAAGUAAAAGAAGAACCAAAUGACGUUAAUAUAAAGACAGAGCAAUCCUCUUGUACCAACAAUCAAACAUCAAAGAAUAAUCAAAAUAAUAAAACUUCCGAAAAUACUCUACAGACAAUUCACAACGGACCUGUUUCAAGUAGAUCUGAGAGUAAUAAUACGACAAAAAAUAUUGAUGUGCGAUUUUCUUCAGAUAAUUCACCAAUAACAGUAAUUCCUACUGAAUCCUCUCAACAAAAACAACCAUGGACCGAAAAAUCACCUCCACUUCCACCGGCAGCCGAAGCUCCUCCACCACCUCCUCAAGAUGAAUCCGAAUCAGUUCUUAUAACAACAAUAAAAGAAGAACCUGAAGAUUUUGAUGAAAUAGAAAUGCCUUACGUACCAAUGGAUGAUGGUGAGGAUGAUGAUGAUGAUGAUGACGACGAUGAUGACGAGCCAGAUCAAUUAGAUGAUUCGAAUGAUGAAAUGGAAGACGGUCAACACGAUGAUUUAGAAGAGCAAACUGACUGUUAUGAAUCUGAGAUACAGAAUAAGCAAAAUAGUGGCAGAGCUGAACAACCUGAUCACUUGGAUCGGAUGUUCAACGAACUUGAAAAUAUUGUAGGUGAUAUUGAACUUUAA